GUUGGCACGGGGGACGAUGGCACGUCGGCUUCUCCACUCUCCCGCCGCCGGCAGCCUCCGGUGCCUGGAGCCUGCGGUGCAGGCGGAGGCGCCACGCGGGGGACCGGGAACGGGAGGGCGGGAGGAGGCGGCGGCUGCCGACUGGCCGGCGCUUGGGCAGCCCCGGGCGCGCCCCAGCCUCUCCCGCAGCCCGGAGCUCGGGGCUCGGGCGCCCGCCCGGCUCGCAUCCCCGCCUGGCCACAUGGCUCCGCUCCGCGCGCUGCUGUCUUGCUUGCUGCCCCUGCACUGUGCGCUCUGCGCCGCCGCGGGCAGCCCCCGGACCCCAGCAGAGCUGCACCUCUCCAGAAAGCUCGGUGACUAUGGUGUGACAGUGCCCUGCAGUACAGACUUUCGGGGACGCUUCCUCUCCCAUGUUGUGUCUGGCCCAGCAGCAGCCUCUGAGGGGAAUGCGGCAGUGGCCAGGCCACCUGCACCACCAUCACACCCUGGUCACCUCCGAGUGGCCCGCAGCCCCCUGCGCCCAGAAGGAGCGACCCGGCCGCCUGGCCAGGCAGGGCGCUACUCCCUCUACUUCAACAUCACUGUGUUUGGGGAGGAACUGCACUUGCGCCUGCAGCCCAACCGGCGGCUGGUGGUGCCAGGAGCCUCUGCAGAGUGGCAGGAGGACUUUGAGGAGGUCUUCCGACAGCCCUUGCAGCGGGAGUGUGUCUACACUGGGGGUGUCACAGGCAUGCCAGGAGCAGCUGUCGCCAUCAGCAACUGUGACGGAUUGGCGGGCCUCAUCCGUACAGAGAGCACUGACUACUUCAUUGAGCCGCUGGAGCGGGGCCAGCAGGAGAAGGAGGCCAGCGGGAGGACACACGUGGUGUACCGCCGGGAAGUCAUCCAGCAGAAGUGGACAGAGCCUGACGGGGACCUUUACAAUGAAGCCUUUGGCCUGGGUGACCUUCCCAACCUGCUGGGCCUGGUGGGAGACCAGCUGGGCGAAGCGGAGCGGAAACGGCGCCAUGCCAAGCCGGGCAGCUACAGCAUUGAGGUGCUUCUGGUGGUGGACGACUCGGUGGUACGCUUCCACGGCAAGGAGCACGUGCAGAACUACGUCCUCACCCUCAUGAAUAUUGUGGAUGAGAUUUACCACGACGAGUCCCUGGGGACCCACAUCAACAUUGCCCUGGUCCGCUUAAUCAUGGUGGGCUAUCGACAGUCCCUGAGCCUGAUUGAGCGUGGGAACCCCUCUCGCAGCCUGGAGCAGGUGUGCCGCUGGGCACACUCUCAGCAGCGCCAGGACCCCAGCCAUGCGGAGCACCACGACCACGUCGUCUUCCUCACCCGGCAGGACUUUGGGCCCUCAGGUAUGCAAGGGUAUGCGCCUGUCACUGGCAUGUGCCACCCCCUGAGAAGCUGUGCCCUCAACCACGAGGAUGGCUUCUCCUCGGCCUUUGUGGUGGCCCACGAGACUGGUCACGUGCUUGGCAUGGAGCAUGACGGUCAGGGGAACAGCUGUGCAGAUGAGACCAGCCUGGGCAGCGUCAUGGCACCCCUGGUGCAGGCUGCCUUCCACCGCUUCCACUGGUCCCGCUGCAGCAAGCUGGAGCUCAGCCGCUACCUGCCCUCCUAUGACUGCCUCCUCGAUGACCCCUUCGCGCCCGCCUGGCCCCAGCCCCCGGAGCUGCCCGGCAUCGAUUACUCAAUGGAUGAGCAGUGCCGCUUUGACUUUGGCACUGGGUACCACACCUGCUCUGCGUUCACGACCUUUGAGCCCUGCAAGCAGCUAUGGUGCAGCCACCCUGACAAUCCAUACUUCUGCAAGACCAAGAAGGGGCCCCCGCUGGACGGGACUGAGUGUGCACCAGGCAAGUGGUGCUUCAAAGGUCACUGCAUCUGGAAGUCACCGGAGCAGACUUACGGUCAGGACGGAGGCUGGAGCUCGUGGACAAACUUCGGGUCAUGUUCACGGUCGUGCGGGGGUGGGGUGCGAUCCCGUAGCAGAUACUGUGACAAUCCCUUCCCAGCCUACGGAGGCCGCCUGUGCUCAGGACCCAUGUUCCAGUACCAGGUCUGCAACAGCGAGGAGUGUCCAGGGCCCUACGAGGACUUCCGGGCCCAGCAGUGUGCCAAGCGCAACUCCUACUACAUCCAUCAGAACACCAAGCACAGCUGGAUGCCCUACGAGCCUGAUGACGACGCGCAGAAGUGUGAGCUGAUUUGCCAGUCGGAGGACACAGGGGACGUGGUCUUCAUGAACCAGGUGGUACACGAUGGGACACGGUGCAGCUACCGGGACCCCUACAGCGUCUGUGCCCGUGGCGAGUGUGUGCCCGUUGGCUGUGACAAGGAGGUGGGUUCCAUGAAGGCAGAUGACAAGUGCGGGGUCUGUGGCGGCGACAACUCCCACUGCAGGACUGUGAAGGGGACGCUGGGCAAGGCCUCUAAGCAAGCAGGAGCUCUCAAGCUGGUACAGAUCCCAGCAGGUGCCAGGCACAUCCAGAUUGAGGAGAUGGAGAAGGCCUCCCACCACAUUGCUGUGAAGAACCAGGUCACAGACAGCUUCAUCCUCAACCCCAAGGGCAAGGAAGCUACAAGCCGGACCUUCACGGCAAUGGGCCUGGAGUGGGAGUAUGCAGUACAGGAUGCCAAGGAAAGCCUCAAGACCAGUGGGCCCCUGCCCGAAGCCAUUGCCGUCCUGAUGCUCCCGUCCGCUGAGGGAGGCCCCCGUGGCAGUCUGGCCUACAAGUACGUCAUCCAUGAGGACCUGCUGCCCCUUAUCGGGAGCAACAACGUGCUUCUGGAGGAGACGGACACCUACGAGUGGGCGCUCAAGAGCUGGGCCCCCUGCACCAAGGCCUGCGGAGGAGGUAUCCAGUUCACAAAAUAUGGCUGUCGGCGCCGACGAGACCACCACAUGGUACAGCGGCACCUCUGUGAUCACAAGAAGAGGCCCAAGCCCAUCCGCCGGCGCUGCAACCAGCACCAGUGCCCCCAGCCAGAGUGGGUGUUGGAGGAGUGGGGCACCUGCAGCCGGAGCUGUGGGAAACUGGGGGUGCAGACUCGGGGGGUACAAUGCCUGCUGCCUCUCUCCAAUGGUACCCACAAGACCAUGCCAGCCAAAGCCUGUCCUGGGGAUCGGCCUGAGGCCCGGCGGCCCUGCCUCCGAGUGCCCUGCCCAGCACAGUGGCGGACGGGAGCCUGGUCCCAGUGCUCUGCCACCUGCGGAGAGGGCAUCCAGCAGCGGCAGGUGGUGUGCCGGACCAAUGCCAACAGUCUCCGGCAGUGCGAGGGGGACAAGCCAGACACCAUCCAGGUCUGCAGCCUGCCUGCCUGCGGAGGAACUCUCCAGAACUCUACAGUGAGGGCUGAUGUUCGGGAACUCGUGACUCCAGAGGGACAGUGGAUGCCACAGUCUGGGCCCCUACAUCCUAUUAACAAAAUAUCAACCGAGCCCUGCGUGGGGGACAGGUCCAUCUUCUGCCAGAUGGAAGUGCUGGACCGCUACUGCUCCAUCCCCGGCUACCACCGGCUGUGCUGUGAGUCCUGCACCAAGAAGUCCUCAGGCCCCGACGCCAGCCCGGACCCCCGUCUGGCCUCACCAUCACCCUUCUCUACUCCUGGGAGCCCCUUACCAGGCUCCAAGACCCCCAAAGGUGCUGUUGAACCCACUGUGGGGCCAAUGGGCUCAACCAACCAUCCACAUGGCCCACCCAUACAGCUGCCAGGACCUCUGGGCUCCCGCCCCCCAGUGACCCAGCGCCGCUUUGCUCCCCAGAAACUCAGCCCUGGAGCAGUCCAGAGCACUUCUGCUGGCACCACCCAGUGGCUGCCUUGGGGCUGGACCACUGGUGCACCUAUGCCCGCCUCGGAGAAUAAAGGGCAGCUCAGGGAAGACCUGCAACAUUCAGGCACCAGCCUUCCUGCCACCUCCCCGGUGACAUGAGCCCCACCUUGCCAAUCCCGCCAGUCAAGUUUACACUCUGUGCGCCCCAAGACCCCCAGCUCAGAGGACACACUGUGGGGCAGAGGCAAGCACAGACUUCCUUUUAAAUUACUUGCCUUCUUGUUGUUCUAGUUUGGGGCUGUGAUACUUUUCACCCGUGAAGUGGGUGUGCGAGGAAGAAAAUGAUCAGGGAAAGCCUUAACCCAAGAUACCUCAGCAAGCAGCCCAGGAGACCGAGCUGAACCUCUCAGGGCUCCUGUCUGUCUCCCCUGCCAGGACUGAGGGCCAGCUAACAACCCCUGCUCACAGCCACUGGGUCCCACACUAGAUCUGUCUGGCUGGCUGCCUUCACCAGAACUUGUGGGAUCCCUGUGGAGGCCUUGUCUGCCUGGCUCCUCUGCCCAGAGAGGUAAAGCAGAGCCAGGGAAGGUGAGGGGGGUGCCUACAGAGUGUCCAAGAGGAAGGGAGCUGGGGGGAAGUGUGGGCCUGAGGCUUCAGCUGCAGGGCAGAGGUGAGUAGGAGGCAAGUUCACCUCAGGCCCAGCUCUUCGUAGCGAGAGUUCCAUGCAGCUCUGCCAGCCAAGGCCAAGCAGCAGAGUCCAGCUUGCUUUCACUGGCUGGAGGGCCGUGUUGGUAGCCACCUCGGUCCCUGCAGACAGCACUUGCUGUUACUUCUGGGGCCUCCAGAUUACAUAUGGGCCUCUCAGCUUCACCCCAGCCCAUCCAAGAAGGGAGCUCUGGACACUCUAGGACAUGUAUCCUCCUCAUCCAGGGGUUUCCCAACUGGUGCUAGAGCCCUAGCUGGAACAGAAAUGGCAACUUUGUCAUCACUCGGGGGCAGGAAAGGAGACAGCCUGGAAGGGGGCUUUGUGAGCCACAGGAGACGUGAGUUUUCAGGUUGUACCCUGUCAGUCAUUGCCCUCCACCAAAGACCAUUCCUGCUGGAGUCAGGGGUCUUCUUUCCACACAUGACUUGAGUUGGGCCAGAGGUCUGUGGUGCUGAUGGUGGUGGUGGGGGCUGGGGGUGUGCGGGCCCGAGGGCUGAGGACCAGAGUCCAUAUACAGUCAGGCCCUGGAGAUGACAAUGGCCCCCCAGGACAGGAUGUGAGCCUCUGCCCCGUUCUGGGGUGGGGAGGAGACACGGACUCACAGCGCUGUGGGUUUCCUCCUCAUUAGCUCCAAGGGCCGGGAAUUUCCUUAGACCCUGUGGCUCUCUGGAAGCCGUCUGAGUCCCCAAGAUCCCUCCCAGGGCUCCUCGCUCCAAGUCGUGCAGAGGGUCUCCCAGAGUCCUCAGCAGGUGACAUAGAUGCUUGCCAGUUCUUCCUUCCCAGUGGCCAGGGGCUGUUCUGAGCCAGGCUAGAGGAACAGGAGCAGUGGGCCUGCCUGCACGCACCUGAGAAGAGAGCCCUAGAUGGGGCUCCCAGGUGCCCUCUCCGCCUGCUCCCCACCUCUCCCUGGAUGCUGGGGCACACACUGAAUCAUUCCUGAGACCCAGCCUGCCUGUGUUCAGGGGUGUAAACUCGGUGCCUUUGAGAUCCAGAUCUUUAAAUGUUUAUGUAUUUAUUAACAUUGUCCUUGGUGCUUUGUUUGG